CUGUUAAGAGAAAACAUAAAUAACUUCCAUACAUAUCAUCAUGUUCCCAUCUUUCCAUUUGCUCUUAAACCGCCUUGUUAUUUUUCCGUGUGGCUUGCUCUGGCUCUAUUACACGCCGCCAUGUUGAGCUCACCUAAUCCCCUGUACUUUGAGCUAAGUUGGUCCAUCCUGAGCACCAUUGGAAUCGGAAACGUCCUCUUUGGCUUCCUCGUUUGCAGCAUUACCAACUUUUCACAAAUAUCCGCCGUUCCUCUAAUAACAUCUGCCGCCGCGGCCAUCGCGAAUGGGCUGUGCUACUAUGCAUUCUACGCCGAAGGGAACUCCGUUAAGGGCAAGGCCGUGGCGUCGGCAUUUGCGGACUUGUUUUGGUUGGUCCAAGAAGCAGGGCUCUCAUUCUAUAGUUUCGUGAUCUUGAGCCGCGUGCUACGAAACCGCCGCUGGCACGUCUUUGCCAGUUUAUUUUGGACCAUCAUGGUCAUAAUCUCAGCCCUCAGAAUAAUGAUCGCCAUCAUGAGGGUUAGAUCUAUCCUACACGGAGGUGAUCCAUAUCAGGAAGUCAUCAACCAUCUUCAUAUCGGCUACUUCGCCUCGAUCGCCUUGGUGGAGUGCAUCAGCGCAUACUUCCUGCUAACCGUCUUCGCUUCCGCAAAAACCACGUCCCUACAAGCAGCCAUUGAGGUGGGCCUCUUUCGAUAUUUAAUGCGAAGCACUGAGGUUCGUCUGGCUCUGCUCGCUGUUAUUGGUGUCAUGAGGGCUAUCACAUACUCCUUUCAGACUGCAGCCCAGAGCGCGACAAACGUAGCAAGCCAACUAGACCGAUUCGCUUACACCAUGGAAUGCCUCUUCCCUUUCGUCAUGCUCAUUGACAUGCUCGCGUCCAGAUUGGUGUUUGCAGAUCAGGCGUAUAUAAUAUCCUCUCGAAAUCAGACACCCAGAAGUGGCCUCAAGCAAUUCACCUCAAAUAACAAUCAAGGGUUGUAUUCUGUAGCGCAUCACGAUCAAGUAAUUGAUAUCCACGGCGAUGAAAAUAAUAUUGUCCCGACAAGCUCACAGGAUCGCAUCCUUGAGUCUGGGGCAUCUUAAAGGACGGCCUUAGAGAUCGAGCUUGAAGAUAUAAACGGAAAGCAG